UGGUUUUGUCCGAAGAAUAAAAGAAGAAGAAGAGUAAUAAUCAAACCCGAAAAUUCGUAAGUGGGUACGAUUCAGAAUCCGAACGGAACGCAGAAGAUGAGUGGCGUUCCUCCCUCCACUGCCUUGGCUUACCUCGAUCCUCAGUACUGGAACGAUCGUUUUUCUAACGAGGAACAUUACGAGUGGUUCAAAGACUACUCUCAUUUUCGCCACCUCUUUCAAGCUCAUCUUAAACCCAAUUCUACUGUAUUGGAGCUUGGUUGUGGGAACUCACAGUUGUGUGAAGAGUUAUACAAAGAUGGGAUUACGGAGACAACAUGCAUCGAUCUAUCAGCUGUUGCAGUGGAGAAGAUGCAGAGGCGAUUAGCAUUGAAGGGAUAUAAAGAAAUAAAGGUUCUACAAGCUGACAUGCUAGACAUGCCUUUUAGCGAUGGGUGUUUUGAUGUGAUCAUUGAGAAAGGAACCAUGGAUGUAUUGUUCGUGGAUAGUAGAGACCCAUGGAAUCCGCCACCAGCAACAGUUACCAAGGUCAUGGCAACGCUCAAAGGUGUUCAUAGGGUUUUGAAACCAGAUGGGAUUUUUAUCUCAAUUUCUUUCGGCCAGCCACAUUUCAGGCGACCUUUGUUUGAUGCUCCAGAGUUUACCUGGUCUGUUGAGUGGAGUACUUUUGGUGAUGGAUUUCACUAUUUUUUCUAUGUCUUGAAGAAGGGAAAGAGAUCAUUGGAUGGAAAAGGAUCUGGUGAGAGCUUCGAGAUGCCAUCAAUUUGUCUACUCCAAGAAGAGUUGGAAAGUGAAGAUUAUAUAUUUCGGACCAACAUUGAUGAGAUGAAUAAUUAGAAUUUAUUUGUCAAUUUCACUAAUGUAAUCUUGAUUCUUGAUUUGCCUGUACUCCAAGCAUAGUUGAUAGUUCAGUUACGAUUAUUUAACAUUCCAAUCUGAAUUUCUGACUGAUAUUGAUAUGAAUGCAAGGGAUGAAUUUGUCAAUA